AUGAACGUACGCGAUCCCUUCAACCUCCACCGAACGAGCGCUCUUUCCAUUCUCAGAACCGCCGUCCCGCGCGCAGCUGCCGACCUGACCGAACGGGUCGUUGACGCCGGUGCCCAUGCGAUUGAACGAGGCAAGCAGGCCGUCGACCAACUAGACCUCCAGCUGGACAUGUCGUUCUCCGUCCCCAAGAAUGUCCCCUCCUUCAGCAACCCCCAGCGCCUAGCCGAGGACAGAGUCUGGGGGAACAGUGCAGGUGCUGCCGUCACCGCGAGGGGCCCCAAUAAGAACGGCGGGAUACUCGGUGGCGUGCAGGACCGACUCUUCGACAGCGACGCCCGCAACACCCUCCCCAUGUACAAGGACAAGCCCUACGCCUACCCGGCCUCCCACCGGGCCAGGCCCCUCUGGCGCCGGAAGCGCACCUUGGGCUUCCUGCUGCUGCUUCUUUCGGGGCUGUACUACUUUGGUGCCUUUGAGCGCCAUCGCGACACCGCCCUCGCAUCGGGCACACGCUGGGGCGGCUGGCUCACCUCUUCAUCCGAGGUAGAGGCAGGCAAGCCCGCCGACUGGCCCAAGCGAAGCGAGCGUGUCGUGGAGGCCUUCACCCUGAGUUUCGAUGCUUAUUCGCGAUAUGCCUGGGGUUACGACGAGUACCAUCCCGUGUCCAAGAAAGGCCAUCAGAUGGCGCCCCAGGGCAUGGGCUGGAUCAUCGUCGAUGCCCUGGACACCAUGAUCCUCAUGAAUCUCACCUCGCGCGUCACCCACGCCAGGGAGUGGAUCUCCAACUCGCUGAGUUAUGACCAGGACCAGGAUGUCAACACCUUCGAGACCACAAUCCGCAUGCUGGGUGGCCUUCUCGCCGCUCACUACCUCUCCACCGAGUUUCCUACCCUGGCGCCCCUGGCCGACGACGACCCAGGUACGCCUGGCGAGGACCUCUACCUGGAAAAGGCCAAAGACCUGGCUGACCGGUUGAUCGUUGCUUUCGAUUCGCCGUCGGGUGUUCCCUAUGCGAGCGUCAACCUCGCCAAGUUCGAAGGCAUCCCGGCCCACGACGAGGGUGGCGCUUCUUCCACGGCUGAGACGACUACACUGCAGCUCGAGUUCAAGUACCUGGCCAAGCUGACUGGCGAGAAGUACUUCUGGGACAAGGCCGAGAAGGUUAUGGAAGUGGUGGACAACAAUGGGGCCGAGGGCGGUCUGGUUCCCAUCUACAUCAAUGCCAAGGAAGGCACCUUCCGGGGCUACAACAUCCGGCUAGGGAGCCGUGGGGACUCGUACUACGAAUACCUGAUCAAGCAGUAUCUGCAGACGAAGGAGAAGGAGCCCGUCUAUCUCGAGAUGUGGGACGAGAGUCUGCAAGGCGUCCGCGAUCACCUGGUGACGUACACGGACCCGUCGGGUUUCACCAUCAUCGGAGAGCGUCCCGAGGGUCUGUGGGGAGCGCUUUCACCCAAGAUGGACCACCUUGUCUGCUUCAUGCCCGGGACCAUAGCCCUGGGUGCGACGGGCGGGCUGACGGAAGCGGAAGCCAAGAAGCUGCCGACGUGGAGCAAGAAGAACGAGGCCGACAUGGAGUUGGCACGAGAGCUGAUGCAGACGUGCUGGGGCAUGUACAAGUGGAUGGCCACGGGCCUGGCGGCCGAGAUUACCUACUUCAACGUUGCCAACCCACCUCCUCGGGCAUCUGCUCCGCAUCAAGCACCGGCUGGCUUUGAUGAGGACCCCCAUGCGGAGUGGCGCAAGGACUACGACGUUCACUCGAACGACGUGCACAACCUGCAGCGGCCAGAGACGGUGGAGAGUCUGUUCUACAUGUGGAGGAUCACGGGCGACAUCAAGUACCGCGAAUGGGGUUGGGACAUGUUCAAGUCGUUCAUGAACCACACGGCGGUCGAGGACGGUGGCGGGUUUUCCAGUCUCUCGAAUGCCAACAAGUUACCUCCGGUGAUGCGUGACAAUAUGGAGAGCUUCUGGCUGGCCGAGACGUUGAAGUACAUGUACCUGCUGUUUUCACCGAACGACCUCCUUCCGCUGGACAAGAUCGUGAUCAACACGGAGGCCCACCCUCUCCCACGGUUCGACUUGGGGCAGCUCUUCUCGACGGGGUGGACGCGCAGAGCGAGAGACGCGGACGGGAAGAUAAUACAGCCGUUCAAUGCCUCACGACCGGCCGCAUCGCACACCGCGAGCCCAAGAGCGCCUCCGCGCCCUCCCCGCCCUCCCCGCCCGCAAGGCGGACCCAGAGACGUGCCCAACAUGCCGCCGCCAUCGUACAGCCACGACAUCGAGAUGAACAUCUUCCCCAUCAAGGAAGGCUCGCUGGCACCGGGGAGCAGCUACACCAUGCGCGAGCCGCUGUACGACGAGACCACGCCGCCGCGCUUCUUGGACCGCCUUGUCGACGGUUUUCGCCGCGACCCCAACCAGCGCAUCACCCCCAAGAACCCCUUCAGCGAUUUCCACGCCGCCGGGCCUGCCCGCCCGCAGCACCUGUCCAUGCUCGCCGGCCGCCGCGCGCAGUCGCACUACUACGACAUGCGCCAGGCCACGCUGCAGACCGCCCAGUCGCACCUGGCGCGCAAGCUCAAGGGCCGCCACCUGCAGAUGAUUGCCAUCGGUGGCUCCAUAGGAACCGGCCUGUUCGUCUCUUCGGGCCGCGCCCUCGAGAGCGGAGGCCCGGCCUCGAUUCUACUGGCCUACUCCUUCAUCGGCAGCAUGUUAUACUGCACCGUCCAGGCACUCGGCGAGCUGGCCGUGUCGUUUCCCGUCGCCGGAUCCUUCUCCGCCUACUCGACACGCUUUCUGGAUCCCUCGUGGGGAUUUGCCAUGGGGUGGAACUAUGCCUUGCAGUGGCUUGUCGCACUGCCGCUCGAGAUCAUCGCCGCCUCCAUCACCAUCACGUAUUGGAACCCCAAUAUCGACAAGGCCAUCUUCGUCACCAUAUUCCUGCUCGCCGUGGUCGUCAUCAACCUGUUCGGCGUCAAGGGUUACGGCGAGGCAGAGUUCAUAUUUGCCAUCGUCAAGGUCACCGCUGUCAUCGGCUUCAUACUACUAGGAAUCGUGCUCAAUAUCGGCGGCGUGCCCGACGGCGGCUACAUCGGUGGGCUCUACUGGAGGGACCCGGGCGCCUUCCACAACGGCUUCAAGGGCCUCUGCAGUGUCUUCGUCACUGCCGCCUUUGCCUUUGCGGGCACCGAGCUGGUCGGCCUCGCGGCGGCUGAGACGGCAAACCCCCGCAAGUCGCUGCCUACGGCCAUCAAGCAGGUCUUUUGGCGCAUUACGCUGUUUUACAUCGUGGCGCUGACCCUCAUCGGGCUGCUGGUGCCCUACAAUGACCCGCGACUACUCAUCUCCGAGGGCGCCCCCGCCGUCGCCUCGCCCUUUGUCAUCGCUAUCGAGAACGCCGGUAUUGAGGUACUGCCGUCCAUCAUGAACGUCGUCAUCCUCAUCGCCGUGCUCUCGGUCGGCAAUUCGUCCGUCUUCGGGGCCUCGCGCACCAUCGCCGCCCUGGCCGACCAGAACCAGGCGCCCCGCAUCCUGUCCUACGUCGACCGCCGCGGCCGCCCCCUCGUCGCCAUCCUCCUUGCCUCCUCGGUAGGCCUGCUGUCCUACCUCGCCGACCUCAAAGAGCAGGGCGAGGUGCUCGACUGGCUCGUGGCCAUCUCGGGCCUGUCGUCCGUCUUCACGUGGGGCUCCAUCUGCCUGGCGCACAUCCGGUUCCGCCAGGCGUGGGCGCGCGCCGGCCACAGCGUCAGCGAGCUGGCCUUCCAGUCGCAGGUGGGCGUCGCCGGGUCGUGGCUGGGCUUCGUCUUCAACAUCCUGGUGCUGAUUGCGCAGUUCUGGGUCGGCGCCUGGCCCGUCGGCUUCCAGACCAUGACGUCGGCCCAGCUGGCCAAGAGCUUCUUCCUCGUCUACCUCGCCGCCCCCGUCGUCAUCCUCUUCUACGCCGCCCACCGCCUCUGGAACGGCACCGGCUUCGUGCGCCUCGCCGACAUGGACAUCGACACGGGCCGUCGCGACUUCAACCUGCCCAUCCUAGUCGCCCAGGAGUCCGAGGAAAUGAAGGGAUGGCCGCGGUGGAAGAAGCUCUACAAGUUCAUGUGCUGA